UUAUCUUUUUCAGACUUCUUUUUACCUAUUUGCGAGUACUAUUUUCUUCCUAUUUUUUGCACUUAAAUUUUUUAUGACAUGAUACAAAUUUGUAAACUAUUUUUUGUCUAUUUUCUAAACUUGCAUAUUUUCAUUGUUUAUGACUGGCAUCCUAUUCAAAAAGCCCGCUUCUCCUGCCAUUAUCUCUGUUGUUCAUUUUGCGACUUAUUGGUGGUUUUUAGCUGUGGGGUCACAUAUUGAAUAGUGAGCUCAAAGAUGACCAUAAAUAAACAAUGUGUAAAAAGAAAAUGUACGAAAUUUCAAUUUUUUUCCUUUAUUAAUAUUCUUGAUUUUAUUUACAAACUAUAGUAGUGACUAGUGCACUCAAAGAUAACCAUACAUAAAUCAUGUGUAAAAAGAAAAUGUACACAUAGAAAUUUCAACCAAAAAAAAAUCUCCUUUAUUAAUAGAAAAAAAAGCAUUCGAUCGAGAUAUUCCCGUUCUAUGUGUGUGCAAAGUUUCAACGUAGAGGACAGUACGCAAGUACGUAAUUUGAAAAUCACCCGUUAUUUUUUUUCCCCACUUGCACUGCUAUGCGCAUCGGACUUUUGCUGAUUUUCGUUCAUCAAACGUCUCCAAAUCACACCAAAAUGUCUUCCAGCAAUUAUUCUAGCGAUGAAAUUUCAUCAAGAGAUAGUGACUCCUCAUACUCCGAUGCCUCCUUAUCCCAUUUUAGUGAUUCUUCCCAAGAAAAUGAGCCCGACAAAUGUUCAAAAUAUUCUAGUCCCACUCGUAGAGAAAUGAGUUUGUUGUCGAAUGACGGAACAUCGACGAGCGGAACUGGCCCCAGAAAACAGCUGAAAAGGAAUCAGAAAACACAACCUGCUAAAGUACCACGCAAGAAGAAGAGCAAGUCUUCCAAGUCCGAGAGUGCAUGUGUCUGCGAGAUCCAUUGAAACUAAUCAAGCUACAAUGUACAUGUAACGUACAACCACCAUUCGAUGCCUGUGAACAGCAUGACCAACAUCUGUAUCCUUUACAUUAGUAUUUGUUUCCAUUUUAUUAUGUAAUUCUUAUGUCUAAUCAUUGAGAUUCAUAGGCAAGUACAACAUGUAUGUGUACACAAUGAAGAUAAAGGACCAUGAGACCAUUACUUAUGAUACAUGGUAAUGAUGGUAGGCCUAUACUUUGUAAAACUAUUUGAAAAUAGUAGCAUGUAAGUCUCUCAUUUUCUUGUUUAUAUAUAUCUCAAUGACAUGACAUGUCAUUGAUUUUGUAGUAAGUGUUUCUAGAUUAUGAUGAUUGUAUUAAGAUUUUGACAGUUCAAUUGAGAUUGAGAAAAUUAUGUAACAUGUCAACUGUACUAUAGAGCAUGCAUGCAUUGUUGAAAAAUCUGUUAUAUGAUUUAUUUUAUUUUGUUAUCUUUGUAAAUAACGAGAAAAAAAAAAUUAUUUGUCAUGAUUUUCUUGAGGUUUGAAAAUGUGAUUACAUUAUUAAGAGCACUUUGCAAUUAAAUUGUAAUAAAAGAGACAGAAAACAACACUCUCAUGUCCAGAAUACUGCUUUAUUUGGUUACUAGUGAGGGAGAGAGCUUGUGAUCGCCUGGCAUAUCCACAUCGGCUCAGUAAUAGUCCUGAAACUCACCUGAAUACUUUAUUUGAACACAAAUAGAAAGCUACAUUCUAGGUGGAUGAUAUUUUUUUAAGGUGGAGGCAUAUAGGAGACGCAGUCGCAUUUGUCUUGUUUUUUUUUUAGAGUAUAAUCAUAGCAAACCAUGAACAACUCUAUUACUACAACAUGUACACUACAGUACUUAACCAAAAAUUGUAAAUAUCAGUUAAGUUCUUUUAUUUAUUUGCUUAUAUGAACACACAUACUAUACUAAACUCAUGUCAUUGUGUUUACCUCUCGAAAAUAAAGUACAUGUAUUUUAUUUGACA